GCGGGGACAGAUUGCCUCCUCCCGCGCGACGGAGGCGGCGGUUUGCCUGGGCCGGGGGAGCACCACCGGGAGAGAGAGAGAGGGGCGAGCUUGAGCGCCGUAGCCUCCCUCAUCCUCGCCGGGGGAACACAUCUGCUGCUAGAGAAGCUCCCGUCCACGGCGGCGCCGACGGCUUCGACCGCGGUUGAGGACAGCGACGGCGCUCGCCCAUGCUCGUGUCCAGGCCCAACCGGCGAGAGCCGGCGUUCGAGCGGCGCCUCCCUCUACGUCCUCGCGUCGUCUUCCGCCGUCAGAGAACCUGGUCGCUGGAGGUUUGUGCACUUUGGUGUUGUAGAAUGGCUGAACCGGAUAAGGGUGUGCCUCAAGUGGGAAUGGUAUUCAAAGACAGAGAAGAGGCUUGGCUCUUUUGGCUUGCAUAUGGGGGUCGUGUAGGAUUUGACGUGAGGAAGAGGUACGCCAAUAAGAGUCCGAUGGAUGGUAAAAUAACAUCAUGCAGAUAUGUUUGUUCUAAAGAAGGUCUUCGGAAAAAAGGACAAAGAGAAUCCAUUCAAAAGUGCUUUAGAGCUGAAACAAGGACCGAGUGCCCAGCUUUUAUGAGUCUUACAUUGAAUCGUGUGUCUGGAAAUUUUGAAGUCCGUGAGGUAGAUCUUCAACACAAUCACCUCCUUUACUUGCCUCAAACCCGACACCUUAUGGUGUCGCAAAGAAAGAUUUCAGAUUUUCAAGCUUUCGAAAUUGAAGCCUCAGAUGAUUCUGGAAGAGAUGGACUAGAGAAGCACGCAAAGGGAGCAUAUUGGACAAGCAAGGAAGGAAUGUGGUAGAAAAUCCAAAGCUUGAAGCUAUGCUUCGAUACAAAGAACUAUCUCAUAAAUUUCAUAGUAUGGCUUAUAAAAUAGCCUACUCUCCGGAAUGUUGUUUGUUAUUAGUAAAUGCACUUGAUUGCGUUCGUCCACAACUAGAGGAAAAACUCAAUGCACAGACAAGUGCUAUGAAGGAUCCAAGUAAUG